GGUGGGUUUGCACGAUGCUAUGAAAUGACAGACCUCUCCAGCAACAAAACCUAUGCCGUGAAGGUCAUUCCUCACAGCCGGGUGGCUAAACCCCACCAGCGGGAGAAGAUCACCAAUGAGAUCGAGCUGCACCGGGACUUGCACCACAAACACAUCGUCAAGUUCUCCCACUACUUCGAGGAUGCAGAGAGCAUAUACAUCUUCCUGGAGCACUGCAGUAGGAAGUCCCUGGCCCAUAUCUGGAAGGCUCGCCAUACUCUGCUGGAGCCCGAAGUGCGCUAUUACCUCAAACAGAUCAUCUCAGGCUUGAAAUACCUUCACCUCAAGGGCAUCCUGCACAGAGACCUCAAACUUGGCAACUUCUUCAUCAAUGAAAACAUGGAGCUGAAAGUGGGGGACUUUGGUCUAGCUGCUUGCCAGGAUACCUCUGACCAAAAGAAAAA